CCUCACAAACCCAACCACGCUCCGCCGCCGCGGUGCCCUAACGCUUAAACCCAUCCCCCGCGCACAACCUUCAACGGCGGCGGCGAAGGCGAAGGCGAUGGCGAGGGAGGACAGGAAGCGGAGGCAGCCCGACGGCGACGAGGCGGCGGACGAUGGCGAUAGGCGGGGGCGGAGGGACAAGAGGCCCAAGGAGGAGAAGCCGGCGCCGCCGCUGCCGUCGGAGAUCAGGAACAAGGAGAAGCGCAGCGAGGUGUACGCCAAGCUCAUGCGCGAGAAGAAGGCCCAGAAGCGCAGGCUCGGCCGAGAGCGCGGCCAGGCCGCCCAGCGCGCCGCCGAGCUCGGCGAGGAGGUGCCGGAGAAGCAGGUGCCCCGGACGAUCGAGAACACCAGGGAGCCCGACGAGACCGUCUGCCGGCCUGACGACCAGGAGCUGUUUGCAGGGAAUGAUGCUGAUGAAUUCAAUGCAGUGCUUAAACAAGUAGUAACCCCGAAAGUACUGAUUACCACGUGUCGCUUCAAUUCAGGCAGGGGACCUGCUUUUAUCAAGGAGUUAAUGCAAGUGAUUCCAAAUGCUCAAUAUGUUAAUAGAGGAACUUAUGACCUCAAGAAAAUUGUGGAAUAUGCAAAUAACAGAGAGUUCACUUCAGUCAUGGUUGUCCACACAAAUCGAAGGGAACCUGAUGCGCUGCUGAUCAUCAACCUACCUGAGGGCCCUACUGCACAUUUUAAGCUAUCCAAGCUCGUUCUGCGGAAGGAUAUAAAGAACCAUGGGAACCCUACAAGUCAUAAGCCAGAGUUGGUGUUGAACAAUUUCACUACGCGCCUUGGUCAUCGUGUUGGGAGGAUGAUACAAUCUCUUUUCCCUCAAGACCCAAAUUUCCGCGGCCGACGAGUUGUGACCUUCCAUAACCAGCGAGACUAUAUAUUUUUCCGUCAUCACAGGUACAUCUUUGAGGAGAAAGAAAAGAAAAUUGUUUCGAAGGACAAGAAAUCGAAGGGUGAAACCAAAACUGAGAAGCAAGUGAACUGUCGCCUUCAGGAAUGUGGCCCUCGCUUCACUCUGAAGCUGCAAACCUUGCAACACGGGACCUUCGACACGAAAAGCGGGGAGUACGAGUGGGUUCACAAGCCCGACCUGGACACGAGCAGGAGAAGGUUUUUCCUGUGAUUUUGCGCUUCACCCACACAAAGUUCUGUCUCUGUUCCGUUUCGUUCCCCGGGAAAUUUACUUGUUGUAGAGUAGUAUUAUCAUGCUCGAGUCCUUGGACAGUGUAACAACAAGGCGCUCGACAUACCCGAAUCGAACCCCUGAUUCGAAGCGAUUUCGCCUACCCGUCAAACCAAACGAGCCCAUCAGUUUUUUGA